AUGGCUGCUCCUCUGCCUCCCGGAAAGGUCGAGCUCGAUGCUCAGCAUGUAGAGGAACUCCAAGAAAGUUUGACCCAGCAAAGACCUGUUCAUUACGUUCCACGCAACGAAGACGAGAGACGUCUAGACAAGAAGGUCAAUCUAAAAUUGGAUCUCUUUGUAGUCAGCAUCCUGGCGCUCGAGUUCAUCUUUUGCGGAAUCGACAAGACAAACAUUGGCUUCAUCGCCACCAGCUCUUUUAUCAAGGAUGCCAAUCUCUCUCCCGACGACAUUCCCAACUCGCUGUCGCUGUUCUCCGCCACCUACGUCCCUCUGCAGCCAGUCAUGACCAUUCUUGCGCGACGCAUCGGUGUCAAGUAUUUCCUGACCAUUCAGCUCAUCAUCUGGGGUAGUCUUUGCAUGUGCCAUGCUGCCAUCCGUGGUAGUGGCACCCUCAUUGCUCUGCGGCUGCUCAUUGGUGCGGCCGAGGCUGGCUUUACACAGAUUGGAAUGUACUAUAUGACAACCUUGUAUCCAAAAUAUGCAGUCGGCUUCCGCGUGGGCAUGUUUACUGGCAUGUACUCGGUCGCGGGUGCUUUUGCCGGUUUACUUGCUUAUGGGCUGCUGAAAAUCAACACUUCAAGCAUUCAUGGUUGGCAGGUGGUGUUCCUGUUCGAAGGAGGGAUAACUGUCCUGCUUGGCAUUGUGUCAUUUUUCAUCUUACCCAGGAAUUUGGCCACGGCCUGGUUUCUGAAUGCCGAAGAGCGCGCCCAUGCUGUCUACCGAAUGCAAGUCGAUCUUGCAGGAACUCAAGAAGAGGGCGACGCCGAUAGCACAUCUGUCUCCAAGAGAGAUUUCAUAGACGUGGCCAGGGACUGGAAGAAACUCCUGACUGUCAUUUGCAACAUUACUACGGUUCUUCCCGUGACAGCCUUUACAACCUUUCUUCCUCUGGUCGUGCAGGGAAUGGGUUACAGUGGCAUUGACGCUACUCUGAUGAGCGUACCACCUUUCGUGGUCGGUACGGUAGGGUUGAUCAUUAUAGUAUACUCGAGUGACCAUCUGCGAGAGCGGUCCCUGCAUACUGUAUUUGGUGUAAUGAUUGGCAUCAUCGGUUGCAUAGUCAUGGCAGCAUCGACCGACAACCGCCUGAGAUACGGCUUUGCCAAUGUUUGCAUGGCGGGAGUCUUUGUCGGCGGUCCCUUGAUAGCCGUGUGGCUGGCGGGUAACACGCCGUGGAAAGGUACCCGAAGUGUCAUGCUGGGCGUAAACGGCUGGUCCAACCUGGCGGGUGUCAUUGCCGGCCAGAUCUUCAAGAGCAAGUAUGCACCGAGAUAUGAGACGCCUUUGAUAAUAACCAUCGCCAUCAUGGCUACUGGAGCUUUGGGUCUUUUAUUCCUUCGCCUGAUGUACAAGAGAGAAAACAGAAAGAGAUCGGAAGAAAUUGCACAGUGGGACGAAACCGACUUUGCUGCAGAGGCGGCAUCAGUCGAACGAAGAGGAGACCAAAGAAAGACUUUCAUGUACGGCCUGUAG